AUGAUAGGUACAACUUUAACACAUUCAGCAGAAGACAAACAGAAUCUGGAAACAUAUCAUUUGAUUUGGCUAGAUAGUUCAGCAAAUAAGUCCAAAGAAAACAUAAACGCUCAACAAAUACUUCGAACAUCGAUAAAUCAUUUAUUAACAUUUGAAGAUGAUGAACUAUGCCUUCGAUAUAUUGAUGGUCUAUCCAAUGAUGAUCGAGUUGUUCUAAUAGUCAGCGGACGACUAGGUCAAACAGUUGUUCCUCAAGUUGCAUUUCUUCGAAAGGUCAUAUCCAUUUAUGUUUAUUGUAUGGAUAAAAAAGCCAAUGAACAAUGGACCCAACAUUUCUCUAAAGUAAAAGGUGUCAUCGUUCGAUUGGAUGAACUCAUUGAGCGAAUUCAAUCUGAUCAAAUUCAACGACAACAUAAUAAAAUUGAUGAAUCAUUAACUAUCAAUAUUUAUAAAUCAAAGAUUCAUGAUCACGAACAAUCAUGCAUGGGUGUAAAUGGUCAAUUUAUUCAUACUCAUUUAUUAAUUGAUUGUCUUAUUCGAAUGGUACCAACAUUAAAUGAUAAAAAAGAUUUUGUUUGUCUUUGUAAACAACAAUAUAAAAGUAAUUCAACAGAAUUAAGUAUUGUGGAAGAAUUUGAUAAACACUAUUCAUCUAAUCGAGCAGUAUGGUGGUACACACGAGAAUGUUUUCUCUAUCGAUUAUUGAACAAAGCACUUCGAGUACAAAAUAUUGAUUUAUUAUUUUUAUUAAGAUUUAUUAUUCGUGAUAUUGGACAACAAUUAGAAAUUAAUAAAUGUACAUCACCAAUUCGAGUUUAUCGAGCACAAAAAAUGUCAAAAGAUGAAAUCGAAAUAUUGAAAAAUUCUGUCGGAGAAUAUAUAUCGAUGAAUUCAUUUCUUUCUACAAGUCUUAAUCGACAGAAAGCCAGAGCAUUUCUCUAUUCUUCUAAUCUUACAGAUGAUAUUGAACAAGUCUUCUUUGAAAUUGAUGCUGAUCCUCGGUUGAACAAUAUCAAAGCAUUCAGUAAGAUCAAUUCAUUUAGUUACUUUCCAGAAGAAGAAGAAGUUCUUUUCAUGGUUGGAUCUAUCUUUCGACUUGUUAGUAUUCAAUGUGAUAAUGAAAAAAUCUGGAAUAUUCGAAUGAUAUUAUGUUCUGAUGAUGAUCAUCAAUUACAAACACUCUUUCAACAUAUGAAAAAUGAAUUAGGUACUGAACAAACAAAUCCUCUUGUAUUUGGUAAUAUCAUUCGUAAAAUGGGAAAAUUGGAUGAUGCGGAGAAGUAUUAUCGUUGUUUUCUCAAUCAAUUUUCUUAUGAUGAUUCAAAUGUAGCUCAUGGUUACCAUGCACUAGGACUAGUAGCCGAUGAUAAAGGUGAUUAUGAAUCAAGUUUGAUAUGGUAUAAUAAAUCACUUGAAAUGUUCAAACGAAUAUUGAAACCAAAUGAUCCGAAUAUCGCUACAUCUCACAACAGUAUUGCUAUUGUUCAUCAACGAAAGGGUAAUUAUACAUAUGCAUUAGAAUCAUAUGAGAAGGCACUGUCGAUUUGGAAACAAGCUUUUGGUGAUAAUCAUCCUUGUAUAGGUAUAUGUCUCAAUAAUAUGAGUAAUGUAUAUCGAAAUGAGAAGAAAUAUUCAAAAGCACUUGAAUGUGUAGAAACAGCAUUGAUUAUUCUUCAAAAACAUCUUCCUGUUGACCAUACAGACUUAGCUUCAAUAUAUGGUAGUAUGGGUAAUAUUCAUCUAUGUCUUAGUCAUCAUGAUCAGGCAUUACAAAACUAUAACCUUGCGCUAAAAAUCUAUAAAAAAUCUCUUCCUGCUCAACAUACUGACAUUGCCAUGACAUUGUACAAUAUUGGAACUGUUUAUGAAGAUAAAAAUGAAUAUGGACAAGCACUUAGCUAUUUUAAACUAGCAGAAGAUAUCUAUCAUCAUUCAUUACCUUCAACACAUCCUAAGUUGAUCCAACUUGAACAAAGUAUCAAACAUAUUUCAUCAAAAUUGAAAUAG